UACAUUGAUUAAGUCUAAUAGACUAAAACUAACAUAUUAUUAACAAAAGAGAGAAAGGAGAGAUCGUUAUCAGUCGACUAAUUCGAUAGUGUACGUGUAUAUUUUGAGAUGGCGAAGGAUGAUGAAACACCACCGCCACCACCACCGGUUAAUCACGAGUAUUACCUUGGCUCAAGCGAUCAUCCGGGUAUCGUGAUAACACCGAUUAAGCUACAAGGAUCGAACUAUGAUGAGUGGUCCAAAGCCGUGCGUCGGUCUUUAAUUGCGAAGUGGAAGUUUGGUUUUGUAGAUGGUUCAAUUAAGGAACCAGCAGCUGAUUCAUCCAAAUACAAACAUUGGAUAGCCGUGAAUUCCAUGUUGGUAUCUUGGAUACAUAAUACUCUUGAUGAUGGCCUUCGGUCGACGAUAGAAGAUUAUGAUGUUGUGAGUGAAUUAUGGAAGCACUUACAGCAGCGUUAUUGUGUGGUGAGUGGGACACGUGUGUGUCAACUCAAGCAAGAAUUGGGAGUGUGUAAACAAUCGCCCUCCGAGACGGUGACAGAUUAUUUUGGUAGAUUAUCAAAGAUAUGGAAAGAAUUGGUUCAAUUUUGUCGUGUUCCAAAGUGUUCAUGUGGUGGUUGCAAAUGCAAUAUAGCAAAGCAAGUUGGAGAUAUUCGUGAAGAGGACUACUUGCAUUAUUUUUUGAUUGGCUUAGAUGAUCCAUAUGAGUCAAUUCGAGCACAAUAGUGCAUAUCAAACAGUGAUUAAUACCGAGAGAUUACGAGGUCGUGAUAAUAAUCCAAAGGAGAAUGUGAUGGCAUUCAAGGUCGAUUCCCGGGCUAGGAGUGAUUCGGGAGAUGGAGACCGGCCAUUUUGUACUCAUUGCAACCGUGUGGGCCAUGACAAGAAGGGGUGUUAUCAGAUUAUUGGUUUUCCGCCGGGUUGGGAUGACAAUCGAAAAGGUGGAAGAGGCCGUGGCCGUGGUGGCUCUACCAAUCGUGGUGGUAAAGGAGGUCGUGGAUAUGUGGGGGAGCAAGGGAACUCAUCUAAUGCUGCUCCUACAUCGGCACGGGCCAAUGCGGUGCAAGGAGGGGUGCAACUAACUCCGGUAGUAGCUUUUCAUCAAGCACUAAUCUUGUUCAAGGACUUGCGGGAGUUUAGAUGGAGCAAGCCCAACAAAUCAUCGAUAUUUUGAGCAAAACCAAGUCACGAUUGGAAGGUAAUACAAGCGUAUUGUGGAUUGUGGAUACAGGAGCUUCUAAUCAUGUUACUAAUGAUUUGUCCAUCAUGAGAAAUAUCAAGACCAUACAAAAUUGUCCAAUGGGUUUACCGGAUGGUCAAACGGUGAAUACGAAUCAAUUGGGUUCGAUCACCCUAGAGGGUGGUUUGGUGCUUGAUAAUGUGUUAUUUGUUCCCCACUUAAAUUGCAAUUUAAUUUCUGUAACUCAACUUAGUGAUGAAAACCGAUGUAUAAUUCAAUUCACUAACAAAAUUUGUGUUAUUCAGGACGGGACCUACUUUAGGCAUUUCUUUUUCCCACGUUUUGAACGGGCAGUUGACGAGGACGGUGAUUGGCGUGGGUGAACGACAAGAUGGACUUUACUUUUUCCGAGGUGUGCCGCAUGUGAAGGUUCUCGCAGUGGAUUGUGUGGUGAAUCUUUGGCAUCAACGAAUAGGUCAUCCGGUGGAGAAAGUCUAAAGUUACUUCCACCUGUGAGUAACUCUAUUAGAAAUAAUAAUGAUGUGUGUGAUGUAUGCCCUCGGGCAAAACAAUCUAGAGAUAGUUUUCCUGUUAGUGAGAAUAAAGCUAGUGGUUUGUUUGAUUUAGUUCACAUUGAUUUAUGGGGUCCGUACAAGGUAGCAUCGUCUUGUGGUGCUAAAUUGUUUUUGACAAUAGUGGAUGAUUUUUCUAAAGCUGUUUGGGUUUAUUUGAUUCGAAAUAAAACUGAAGUUGAAAUUACCUUUCUCAA